UUGCCGGCCCACCAGCCUCACCUGUGUCUGCUAUCAAUGUAUAUCUACAUAAUAUUAUUAAAACCGAAAAACAAAAGGAAGCCAAAGACAAUAGUGUUAUUGUAAUUUGUAAGGACCAGGGAGAUAUUCAUGGCAGCUUCAAAAUUCCAAGCUUUGUGGAACCACCCUGUUGGCCCCAAAACCAUUCACUUCUGGGCCCCGACAUUUAAAUGGGGUCUCAGCAUAGCAAAUGCUGCUGACUUCUCAAAACCACCAGAAGAACUCUCAUAUCCUCUGCAAUUUGCUGUUGCUUGCAGUGGCCUCAUCUGGUCUCGCUAUUGCACAGUUAUUACCCCGAGAAACUGGAAUCUUCUCGGCGUUAAUGCUGCAAUGGCUGGAACAGGCGUGUAUCAACUGUCACGCAAAAUUUGGCAUGACUACUCUUCCAAGACAGAAGCAGAAAUAGCAAAUGAACAAGUACAGGUCAAAUAAUAACAACCACUUGGUGAAGACAAUUGUGAUGUAUGUGAGUAAAUAAUCUCACCAAACAAAUAAUACCCUUUAUCCAAAUUCGUAUAUAAUUUAUUGCUAGGUGCAUCCAAAUGCAAUAAUUGAAAUUAUCGACUAAA